GCCGGAAGUGGUCGUUGCGAGGGUGGAAGUGGGCCUGAAAACCGGGUCCGUCUCUGGAUGUCUGUCUGCCGCGGCUGCCGCUUGUUUUCUCAUUCGGCCAGAGGAAAUAACUCUUUUUAACCCCAAUUCUAAGGGGUGCUGGCCGAGGCGAAAGCUCCAGCAUCUCACAAAAAAGUGCGAAUUCUUCACGCUCUGUCUGGACAAGUGGUCCAGGGUUGAGGGGCUAUUCUCAGGCUGACGGGUCAGUCAUAUCAGUUAGAGUCAGGUCGGGGGAACAAAUCCCUUAUCCCUUAGUGGCUGCCUUUCUUGCCCCCCACCCACGAAAAGCCCCAUUAUUUGGAUGUCGCUGCCUGUGUGAGAGAGACGGAGCUCGAGCCCCUCGCCGAGUAAUGUGCCAGGCUCUGGCUGUCCCUUGCAAGCACCGUUUUCCCCCAUCGCCAUCAGCCGUCUGCUGAUCAUGGCUGCAGAUUUGCAAGCCAAGUAUCAGAAACUUGCACAGGAGUACUCAAAGCUCCGUGCUCAAAACCAAGUACUGAAGAAGGCUGUUGUCGAUGAACAAGGCCAAGGGGCAUCUUUAAAGGUUUUUUUCCUGCCUCAGGAGGAAUUGAAGAUGAAGGACCAAAGUGUUAGGAAGUUGCAGCAAGAAAUGGAUAGCCUGACAUUCCGAAAUCAGCAGCUGGCAAAGCGUGUAGAGCUACUUCAGGAGGAACUAGUAACCACUGAGGCCAAAGGCAAGAAGAGCAAGCAGAAGAGUGUUGACCCUCCGACUCAGAUGAAUCAGCAGCGACAGAGUGUGUUUGAUGAAGAUCUGCAGAACAAAAUACAGGAAAAUGAGCAUCUGCACAGACAAAUACAAGAAGCACAAGCAAAACACAGGCAAACAGAAACUGACCUCAGGGAACGAUUACUGGUACUAGAGAAAGAUGCUAUGCAACAUGAAGCUGUGAUGGACAGCUUGAAGAAGAAGUACAUGGACACCAUCGAAAAACUUCAAAAUGACAAAGCAACUUUAGAGGUGAAAUCACACUCAUUGGAGAGAGAAGCAAAGGACUGUAGGCUUCGGACAGAAGAAUGCCAGCAACAACUAAAGGAUAUCCAUACUGACCUGAGUAGCCGAUUAGACCGGUCAAUAAGUAUUAUUCAAGACAAAGUGCCAUUUAAUGAUACAAGAUUUGCAGAAUACAGUGUAUUGGAUGUACCCGUACAUGAUAGAAGGCAUCAGCUGAAAGCUCGUGAUGUUAGUGGACAGGCACUGGCUUUCCUGCAAGAUUUGGUUGGAGCAUUGCUAAAUUUUCAUACUUACACUGAGCAAAGAAUUCAGAUCUACCCCAUUGACUCUGCGACAGACACUAUAUCUCCACUGAACCAAAAGUUUUCUGAAUACCUGCAUGAAAAUGCCUCUUAUGUUCGUCCUCUAGAGGAAGGAAUGUUGCACCUAUUUGAGAGCAUUACCGAAGAAACUGUUACUUCACUAGGAAAAUCUGUCCCUUUUUUUCAGGAAACUACUGUGAAGCUUAAACCAUUUUCAGAUGUCUUUACUACUUAUGUUUGCUUCCUAAAGAAAAUUCUACCAUACCAGUUAAAGAGUUUGGAGGAAGAAUGUGAAUACUCUGUGUGCACAGCUAAUUUACAAGCAAGAAAUAUGGAACUGCAGAGUGACAUGAAAAAGAUGACUGCUAUGUUCGAAAAGCUGCAGGUUUACACAAGUCUCCUUGCCUUACCAAGUACAAAACCUGAAAUGCUCCUUCAGACAAACUAUAAUGUAGUUUUCACACAGCUUGCUGCUUGUCUUCAUUCAUUGCAUGAUGUCAUGAAAGAUAUUUCCAAGCACUACAGUAAGAAGGUUUCCUUAGAGCAAGAGCUACCCACCAUUACACAGAAGCUUAAAAAUACCAAUGACUGUAUUCUUUCUUCUGUUGUAGCAUUGUCAAAUGUUACAGGAAAGAUUGGUACAUUCUUCAGUAACAACCUGGACUUUUUCACGGUUCCUUCUGUGUAUAGCUCAAGGAUAGCAAUGAGUGUAAUAGAUCCUGUUGCAGCAGAAUGUAUGCUGGCGAACAAGAAGAAAGCAGCUGCAUAUAUUAAAUCUUUAAAGAAGCUUCGUCCAGGAUCAGUGCCAUAUGAAGCAGCUUUGGCAAAUCGCAAGACCAUUCUGAGUUCCACUGAAAGCCGUGAAGGUCUUUCCCAACAGGUGCAACAAAGCCAAGAGAAGAUAGCAAAGCUGGAGCAGGAGAAAGAACACUGGAUGUUAGAAGCUCAAUUAGCCAAAAUAAAAUUGGAGAAGGAGAAUCAACGUUUGACUGAGCUGGAAAGUCAAUUGAAAACUGCAAUGACUGGGAAAAUGCCUUUUGUUGGCUCGAUCCAGGAGAAUGGUACUGUUCACAAAAUUGAAGAAGAGUUGCAGCUUGUUGAAAAAGACUCCAAAGAGCCAGUUAGAAGUACUAGCCUGGUUGGAAUGUUGACCACUUCCAUCAACAAUGAGAUUCCUGAUGCAGAGUCACGUGAACAGUUGAUCAAAAGUCACUAUAUGAUGAGGGUUGCUGAGCUAACAGCACAACUUCAGAUAGCUGACAGCAAGUCAGUGUAUUUCUAUGCAGAGUGUCGAGCCCUUGCUAAGCGCUUAGCACUGGCAGAAAAGUCCAGAGAAGCCCUGUCAGAAGAAAUAAAAGUUGCCAAUCAAAAUAUUGUGCGAUUACAGGAUGAACUAACAACAACAAAGAGGAGCUAUGAAGAUCAGCUGAGUAUGAUGAGUGAUCAUCUGUGUAGUAUGAACGAGACUCUGUCAAAACAAAGGGAAGAAAUUGACUCUCUCCGUAUGGGCAGUAAGGAUCUUUGUUCCAAUAAGAUCACUUCUCAUCUAAACUUGAAUGGUACACAUCCAACCUGUUCGAUCUAGCUUUGUUAGAUACGUUCCUCAUUCCCAGGAAUAAGGGUAAUACAAAGAAAAACAGAGGGCGAUAAGACACUGUACAACUAGACAUCUGAGCACUGAAGAUACAGCUGCUGUUAUCCAGAGGGAAUUUUAUGAUGCCAAAUGAAUAUUUGUGCUGCAGUUCUUUCUAGGAGUAAAGGUGCGCAGUGAUUGUGGUAUUACAGAGCCUAGGAAUCAAAAGAAAAUUGGACUUAAAGGAUUUUCUUAAAAUAACACCUUAAAGUUUUAGGAACAUAAUGGAAAUAUUCUGGCAUUUAAAACAUAUUCCAAAAAUAUUGUACCUAUGAAAUUCCCAUUCAGUAGGUAAUUUGUAACAAUAGCUUUUUAAGAUUGUAUUUCAUUAGGUGAAUCCAUAAUGAAGGAGGUUUUGUACAUUGAAUUAUGUGAUGAUGUAUAUGCUAAUUGUUUAACUAUUCUCUGAAAUGAGAGAUCUAACAUUGUGCAAAUCAGGUGUUUUGAUUUCUCAAAAUGUGGAGCACAAGUCUACUUUGUCCCUUUGACUCCUGUUACUAACCCUGUUAAUGCUGCACCAGCCCUCUCCACUUCUUUCACAUCACAUCACCCUUCUGCUCUUUCUCUCCCCUAGAAAAUUUAAAUGUGAAAAUCUAUUUGGUGCAUAAACUGUUAAUGAAGAAAAAUAAUGAGUAAAAAUGAUGCAUUAACUGCUUACUUGGAGUGCUGUCUCAUUAAAGGAAAUUUAUUUGUCCAGUAGUCAAAGCAUGUAAUUUUUUAUGUGAGGCUGCAAAAAUGCUGUGACUGUACUGUAUUUACCACUUGAACAUUCUGUUCAUUUGAUAUGGAUGCAUUAAAGCAUCCUGGUGUCUCCUAUGAAUGCAUUCAUUAUUUUACAGUUUUAUGCAACUGAAACUCCAGACUGUUUAGCAUUUGUGUCUCAACUGCUAUUUACAAAAUAAUAAAGCUGUCCUUUUUAGUAAGUUCCCAUGAAUAGAAGGAUUCAUGGUCUGUUAAAUAUUUUUUAAAUGUAAGAUUUUCUUAUCCAAAAAUACUUUUAUUUCAAUAUCUCAGCCUUGGGUAGAUUGUGCUUCAAUUUUCCAGUUUUGGCACUGUAAUUUAGAACAAUGGCCUGCAUUUAUAUUUUGCACUUUCUCAGUGUUGUGCAACAUUGACCCCACCACAAAAAUAAACUGUUAAUGAGGAAAAUGUAUCCCUUUACCUCCACUUUACACUGUGAGCUUGUCUUUGUUCAGAACUGAGUUGAGAGUACUUUGCUGUCAGAAAGCACUAACUGUUGAACAUAAGAGAUAAUGGGAACUGCAGAUGCUGGAGAAUUCCAAGAUAACAAAAUGUGAGGCUGGAUGAACACAGCAGGCCAAGCAGCAUCUCAGGAGCACAAAAGCUGACGUUUCGGGCCUAGACCCUUCAUCAGAGAGGGGGAUGGG